UCUCCCGCAGAUAUAAAAAGGAGGUGGAUUUUUUUACUCCACUCACUUCUCCUGAAGGAUGAGAUCCCUGAAACACCUCAAACAUCACUCCAGGAGCAAUGUGGAGGAAGAGAGCAGCUGUUUGGUGCGAACCUUUCCAAAGAUGACCGAGGCUCACGUGGAUGUGGGCACGCAAACGGAGCCCGUGGUGGUGCUAUCGCUUGCUCAAGCUGCUGUUCUUGGCCUCAUCUCCCAGAAUGAAAUAUUUGGGGCCACCAUUGCCCCGAAUGGCUUUUACACAGGGGAGCCAAAAGAGGGCCCCCCUCCUCCUCCUGAGUCAGUGGAGUAUGAGUAUGCCGACCAGCUGAUAGGCGCCAAUGGGGACUACCUCCCGGAGCCGGCCGGGGAGCAGGAACCCCAACCGCACUGCAGCGAGAGAAGACGGCCCGGCCCCCGUGGGAGGACCAAGAGGCAGAGGAGCGACGGGGAGCUAGAAUCUCCCCAGCUUAAAGAGGUUGUUCCAAAAGCUCAGGUUAAGGGCGAAAGACUCGAUUCUGACACCCCUCCUUCCUGCAUUCACAUGAACAACAGACACAGCCCCAAAAAGUUAGAGGAACCAGUCACCCAUCAAGCUUCGCUGAAAGAAGAACAGGCCUGUGGAAACUGCUCGUCGUGCGCGAGAGACACGCCCAUGCCCCGGACAGACGGACGGACAGAACAGGAGCAAGGAGACAGCUCUGUUAGGGAGAAAGAGGGGAAGGAAGAAGAGCUGGUGGUAGCGGAAGAAGAGGAGGAGGCACUGAACCUCAAGACGACCGGAGAAAAUAGCAGUCCUCUGGAGAAUCGUUAUUAUGAUUCCAAUGAGGUGGCCUACGAGUCUGCUGACAUGCCGAUGCAAGGGGAAUACGAGGAGAACGGCCAGGCCCAGGCCAUGCUGUGGUCCGACCCGGAGGGGCUUGCCAGACGAAUGCAGAUUGACCGACUGGACAUAAACGUACAGAUUGAUGAGUCGUACUGCGUAGAUGUAGGAGAGGGUCUGAAACGCUGGAAAUGCCGUAUGUGCGAGAAGUCCUACACGUCUAAAUAUAACCUGGUCACUCACAUCCUGGGUCAUAAUGGAAUUAAGCCCCACGAGUGUCUGCACUGUGGGAAGCUUUUCAAGCAGCCAAGCCACCUUCAGACUCACCUGCUCACCCAUCAGGGGACCCGGCCCCACAAGUGCACGGUGUGUGAAAAGGCCUUCACACAGACCAGCCACCUGAAGCGGCACAUGCUGCAGCACACAGAUGUUAAACCGUACAGCUGCCGCUUCUGCGGCCGAGGCUUCGCCUACCCCAGCGAGCUGAGGACCCACGAGAACAAACACGAAAACGGCCAGUGCCACGUCUGCACACAGUGCGGCCUCGAGUUUCCGACCUACGCCCACCUGAAGCGUCACCUGACCAGCCACCAGGGUCCGACCACGUACCAGUGCACGGAAUGCAACAAAUCCUUUGCGUACCGGAGCCAGCUGCAGAACCACCUGAUGAAGCACCAGAACGUUCGGCCCUACGUUUGUCCAGAGUGCGGGAUGGAGUUUGUGCAGAUCCACCACCUUCGACAACAUGCCCUCACCCACAAGGGCAUGAAAGAAUUCAAGUGCGACGUGUGCGCCAGGGAGUUCACUCUGUCGGCCAACCUGAAGAGACACAUGCUGAUCCACGCCAGCGUGAGACCCUUCCAGUGCCACAUCUGCUUCAAGACCUUUGUCCAGAAGCAGACCCUCAAAACGCACAUGAUCGUCCACCUUCCUGUCAAGCCCUUCAAAUGCAAGGUGUGCGGGAAGUCGUUCAACAGAAUGUACAAUCUGCUCGGCCACAUGCACCUCCACGCUGGCAGCAAGCCCUUCAAGUGCCCUUACUGCACCAGCAAGUUCAACCUGAAGGGCAACCUGAGUCGACACAUGAAGGUUAAGCACGGCAUUAUGGACACCACGAUAGAUGGACAUGAACCCCCCCAGGAGACAGAGGCCCAGGAGGAGUACGAAGAGGAGAGCUUUGAAUUCAGCGAGCGAGAAAACCGUGCCAACAACAACAACACACCAGACGUGGCCAAACUGUCUCAAAUGGAGUACUACAGCAACUACGGGAAGAGUGCAGGGCGCUUUAGUGCUGCAGGGAUAGUACCAACCACCCAAAACUGAACGUGAACUCAUUUAACAAAAGGAUUGUUUAUUUUUCUUUCAUUGCUAUUAAAGGCAAAAUGCCUAAAUUCCUCCCUAAAGGGAUAGUUUUUUUUUUUUUUAUUGAGGUUCCCUGAAAUGAUCAGUAAUAGUUUCAUUACCUGUAAUUCAAUGUUAUAUUGCCAGGCUGGCAGUUUCAGCUGAUUCUUGGCAGCUCUAAAACUUAGAAUACAUCCGUUGAGAUGCAACUCUACAUUCACACACGUCAAGCAGCUACAUUUUCACAAGAGGCCGUGGUCAGAGCUGAUUAACUUAUUUGCUCCUGUGCUUAUAGACCCACAUGGACACCGGAACCAGGUACCUCUUCAUUGCCGCUGAGGCUGGUAAUACAACCGACAGCCUCAGCCAAAGCAACUCAGUAUAGUCGCACGCAACUCAACAACGGCUCCUUGUGAAAGUGUACGCCGUUGAUACCUGCCAAUGCAGCGCUGCGUCGCUGUUGAUGAAAAUAUUUUCAUUUCGAGCAGUUUUAAGUUGCUUCGAUCAGCUAAAACGUGGGAUCCCUCUGACUAGUUGGAUUUCUUCACUUUCCAACAAAUUCAUCGCAAUAUAGACGAGACCUGCCUGCUACAUGUAGGGGAAUUAUUACAGAUAAUAACUUCACAGUACCCAACUUCAGUUAAAAAAAAAAAAAAAAAAUCCGAACUAUCCCUUUAAGAAUGCGAGCAAACUGCACAUAAUUAUGCACUGGAAUCACUCAAAAUCUGCAAAAUGUGAAAAAAAUUAAUUUUUAGAGGUUAUAUUUUAAAAAGCAGCGUAGAGGUAUUUAUGAUGAAAAAAUAAUGCAAAUUUGUCAAGUUGCUUAACAAGAUCCUAACCCCUGACAUAGAACAAUUUUAACCAGAGGCAAUGCACGCUACAUUGCACUUACUCAGACAAUCCCAGUGUCUCUCCGUGUGCCAGGGAUUCACCGGUGUGAACGGCGAGGGAAAGGGAACAGGUGCUCUCUCACCUACCAAAGCUUAUCAAAAGAUUAUUGAUUCACUUUGAGUUAUACUGUGAAAAUUAAAAGCUCUGUAAAAAGGAAGAAAAAAAAAAAGAUGUUCACUUUAUUUCUGUGCUUUACUGUAUAUUACUGUACAGCGUUAUCAGUCCUGCUGUAUGUUGGCCGGUACUGGUGCGUUGCACUCGAGGACCACUGUGUCUACUUUUUACAUCCUGCAUAAACAAGUGUCCCCCCCCCCCCCGUAUUGCUCUCUGGUCUAUGAAUGUAACUGUUUCUGUGGAAUGUUUUCAGGUAAAUUCAAAUGUUUUUUUUAUUUUUUUUUGUUAAUGCUUGGACCCCUUUACCAAAGAAUUUGACAUAUUGCGCAGCUAUAGGAGAGUUUGUCUCCUUUUACCUCGCUGAUGUGUGGAGUUGGGACAUUUAAUUUCCCAGACUUCAUGAAAUUACAUCCAGGUUCCCUCUCCCUCCGACUUUUUUUUUUUUUUUUGUUUUCCCCUUUUUUGAAAGAUCUCUUAAAAGGAUUAGUGCAGAGAUUAGGCUGUAGUGCAGCAUCUCUUCCAACAAACUUUACCCCUUUUUCUCCUUCACAUCCAAGUCUCAUUUAUUUCAAAAGCAACGCAACCCUCACAUCCGUUUUAUUUUCCUCUUUUUAAGUGGAUGAAUGGCAACCAAAAUUGUCCCAAAAAAAAAAAAAAAAAAAAAAAAAAAACUUGGA